CGACGAUUCCAGCGACGAUUCCAGCGACGAUUCCAGCGACGGCUCCAGCAACGAUUCCAGUGACGGCUCCAGCAACGAUUCCAGCGACGACAACUUUGGUAACAACGAAUUAUACCUAGAUAAAAGAGUAAAAAGAAUGUUAGUUCAGAAAAAUAAAAUGAAAAAUGAAAAAAAAGCGAAAGGUAAGGAUGAUAAAAAAAAAAAGAUGAAACGGAAAGGACAAAAUGAAGUAGAACGAAAGAAAAAAAGGGAAGACGACGAAAGAAAAAAGGAAGACGAAAGAAAAAAAGGAAGACGAAAGGAAGAAGAAAGGCGAAAAAAAAAGAAAGACGAAAGAAAAAAGAUAGGCGAAGAAAAAGAUAAGCGAAGAAAAAAGGAAGACAAGGAAAAAAAGACGAAAGUAAAAAACGAGGGAAAAAUGAGAGUAAGAAACGAAAGUGAGACGAAAGAAAUGAGAAAAAAAAUAAAAAAGAGAAAAGGCGAAAGAAAUAGAAAAAAAAAAAAGGACGGAAACAAGAGGAAUACAAAAGAGGAAAGCGAAAAGAAA